AAGGGCCGCUGCUCCGCCCGCCCGCGUCGCCUGCCCGGGGCCACACUGACACUCCCCUUCCGCAUUCUAUAAGGGCCGCAGCGGGCUUGGCACUCCCCUCCCACACUCACCCAGCCCGGAGCCGGGGCGCCGCGCAGCUGCCUUCACCAUGGAGAAGCUGAGCACAGCAAACACUCUUUUUGCCUUGGACCUAUUCCUCGCCCUGAGUGAAAAUAAUCCUACGGGAAACAUCUUCAUCUCUCCCUUCAGCAUUUCAUCUGCGAUGGGCAUGGUGUAUCUGGGAACCAGAGGCAAUACUGCAGCACAGCUUUCCAAGACUUUUCAUUUCGAUAUGGUUGAGGACAUUCAUUCAAGAUUUCAGAGCCUGAACGCGGAAAUGAACAAACAUGGAGCCUUCUAUAUUCUGAAACUUGCAAAUAGGUUAUAUGGAGAGAAAACCUAUAACUUCCUCCCUGAGUUUUUGGCUUCAACUCAGGAAAAGUAUGGUGCUGAUCUGGCCAGUGUGGAUUUUCAAAAUGCCUAUGAGGAAUCCAGAAAGGCCAUAAACCAGUGGGUCAAAGGUCAGACAGAAGGGAAAAUUCCAGAAGUGUUGGCUCCAGGUGUGGUUGAUAAUAUGACUAAACUCGUGCUGGUGAAUGCCAUCUACUUCAAGGGAAACUGGCAGGAGAAAUUCAUGAAAAAGUCCACAACCGAUGCACCAUUCAGACUGAAUAAGAAAGACACAAAAACAGUGAAGAUGAUGUAUCAGAAGAAAAAAUUUCCAUAUGGCUACAUCCAGGACCUUAAGUGUCGGGUGCUGGAACUGCCUUACCAAGGCAGGGAGCUCAGCAUGAUUAUUCUGCUGCCAGAUGAUAUUGAGGAUGAUUCCACAGGUCUGAAGAAGAUUGAGAAACAAUUGACUUUGGAGAAACUGCAGGAGUGGACCAAACCUGAGAAUCUGGAUAUCAUUGAGGUCAAUGUCAAAUUGCCCAGGUUCAAACUGGAAGAGAGCUACAUUCUCAACUCGGACCUCACCCGCCUGGGUGUGCAAGAUCUCUUUAAUAGUAGCAAAGCUGAUCUCUCUGGCAUGUCAGGAGCCAGAGAUCUUUUUAUAUCAAAAAUUGUCCACAAGUCCUUUGUGGAAGUGAAUGAGGAGGGUACGGAGGCUGCGGCGGCCACAGCAGGAGUCGCCACCUUCUGCAUGUUGAUGCCGGAGGAAGAUUUCACAGCCGACCACCCAUUCCUUUUCUUUAUUCGGCACAACCCCACACUUAGCAUUAUGUUCCUUGGCAGAUUUUCUUCCCCUUAGAAGAAAGACACUUUGGAAAUAUAAGUUUAACUUUAGAGCUUUAUUCCCUGAGAUUUUGAUGGUGACAAAUUUCAUUUAACCUUACCAAUAAAGCUAUUCAGAAACAAA